UCUCAAUAUCUCUCACCCAUUCCCACCAUAUUCUGGUAUAUUUCUCUCUUUCUUUCUUUCUUUGUUUUUUGUUGGUAAGGUAGGUCGCCCAAACACAGAAAGUAACCGAAUGUGGCCUAGUCACGCAUUUGAGUCUCAAAAAUAGCAAUUUGCAUAGGACUCUCCUACGAUCACAUCCUUCCAUGAUUCCAUUUCCUUCUGGAUAAAUAAAAAUCCCUUUCUAAUUCUGUCACGCAAUUCCAUCCCCAUAAGUUUUUCAUCUUCAACAAAAAGUCUUCUCUCUUUUUCUUCGCAACCCCCAAAGUCUCUAUCUUUCUAUAUCGCUCGCUCCGUCUCUCUCGGCGCAAUCCAACCACUCUGGUCUAUGGUGGUUGGCUUUCAGAUGACGAUCCAUUGCAAAUUAGUAUCUGGGUGGGAUUCUGAAACGUCAUUCUCACACUGAUCUGGGUAAGAGAAAAAAAAAAAAUCAUAAACAGAGAGGGAGGGAGAGAGAGAGACAGCGAGUGAGUGUGCAUUAAAAAGAAGACAAUGGAGGUUGAGAGGAUUAGGCAGCUUUUACUUCUUUGGUGUAGAAAAUCCUUCGUGGCCCUCACGGGUGGUAAUCACACAGCCGCUAGGUUCUGUGCCCGCUAAAUCGCAAAAUGUUCUUAGUUGUUUUACCUUCGAUUCCUUCUUGAAUACAUUGCAAAAUUUGCAAUCUUCAGACUUUUUUCGCAUCUGGGUACCCGCCAAAUCGGCUCUUCGAACUUUUCUUCUUGACCUGCAGAUCGGAUCUCGCGUUUUCACAGAGCUUUUAUCGGAUUUUUUUUUUACGAAAGUGUUGAAAAGGAAACAGAGAAAUGGAAUUGGCUGGUGGAUAUACAGCCAAGGACCAGAGCAAGGUGAAGCACCUUCAUGGAGGAAGGAUAGGAUUGGAUUCCGAGACUCAUUUGGUGAUCAAGCUUCCUGAUUCCAAGGUAUUGCGCAUUAUUUCAAGGUCUGUUUUUUUGGGUUUGGUUAUUCUCACACUGCCCUGCAUUGGGUCCCUUUUGAGGGGAGUAAGUGUUUCUGAAUUAAAAUAUGAUACUCAAUCUGAAAAUUUCAAUUUUGAGCAAUUGGGUGAGCUUUUCCAUGAUUUAGCUGGUGAAGGCCUUCGCAGAAAAAGUGACAAAGCUCUCAUUGUGAGCCCGGUCAAUGUUGAUCGCAUUUUGAAGAUUGGUGGCAUUGUGGCUGUUCCAUUAAGCAAUGACCCUUCAAAUGCUUUUAAACCGAAACCCAAUUACAAGAUCGUGUAUCUUCGUCGAUAUGCUUCCACCUUUGUGGCAAUGAGGAAAACCAGCCCGUCUUAUGAUUUGGCGGUGAAGUCUAGGCGGCUUUGCCAAUUCGAAACUAAGGCCAAGAAGACAGUGGUUAAGGGUCUAGAAGAUGUGGUGCUUGAGCCACCGAGACGUGUGUUGGCUAAAUCAAAUGAGUACUUGAAGAAGAUCAAGUUCCUUCCUAACUUGAUGGGUGAUUCUCUUCAAGGUUAUGACCGCCGAGUGUUUGUUAAUGUGGACUUAAAUGAGGACAACAGCGGCGUGACUGAAUGGUUUCAGCAAAACUUUCCAAAAAUGGAUAAAUAAUUUGAAGUUUACAACCUCGUAGUAGAGCCUGAAGAAGCUUCAAGCACAGUGGUGGCACUGCCACGAAAUGAUUUAUCGGAUUGGCUAAAGGAAAAUGUGAGGGAAGAGGACUAUGUUGUGAUGAAAGCAGAAGCAGAAAUGGUUGUGGAAAUGAUAAAGAAGAAGACAAUCUGCUUGGUAGAUGAAUUGUUUUUGGAGUGCAAUAAUGGAUGGUGGCAGAAAAAUGGAAAGACGUAUGGGAGCAAAAGGGCUUGCUUAUUGGGAAUGCAUUGCUUUGUAUGGAAGGGUGAGGGAUCUAGGAGUUGCUGUACACCAGUGGUUUCUUUGAGAAAGAUAAAUUGAUAUCAGUAUAAAAAGUUUGCUGCUUUCUUCUGUCUGUGAAUAUUAUAAGAGAGUGAUAUUUGGGUUGGUUUUUUGACUUGUGGUAGAUGAAGUAGUUUGUUUAUGUUUUUUGUUGGUCUUGUAUGAAGCUUUUGUUUCUUUAGGUGUUAGUUGAAAGGGAGAAAGACUUUGAUUGUCCUUUUGACAAGUGGUGUUGUCUCUAUUUAUUUGAAUAAUAAUAAUAAUGCGUAUUUGAAU